AUGGAAGCGCUGUUUGGCAUAUCAGCGGAAGAAGAGGACACACAUGGAACACCCAAAUCCCAAAAUCCAACUAACAGAAGGGAAAAGGUUGCUAAAUAUCUUAGUAAUGAGAAAGAGAAAAGGAUGAGCUCAAAGAUCUCGGUUGACAAACAGCAUCUUCAUCUUGCCAGGGAAGAUCUAGUCCUAAAGAGGAAAAUGAUGGAGACGUCUGACAAUGUGGACCAGCAAUUUAUAAGUAACACAAGUAAAAUGACAAAGACGAUGGAAAAUGUGGGAAAUGCAUUCACCUGUUGCUUCGACUUAAUGAAGAAAAUCUAUGAAACCCCACAGGCAAAUGUGCCACCAGCUGUACAUGGUAAUUUUUCCCACCCUUCAAUGCCUGUUUAUCCAGACAGGCAUGGUUUUCAUCAAUACUUUCCAUCCAAUUGCUUUAACACAUCGAACAAUAUUAAGCCAUCAGCUAGUAGUUCAGAUAAGGAUGAUUAG